GUCGGCGUCCUCUUCCUGUUUUCAGAAUCUCGUCAUUCUUAGGUGAAAGGGAAAGAAAUCAUUUAAGCGGCUUUGCGUCACGCUUCUCACAACUGCAAGAAGUACUGUUCUUUGCCUUCAUUUGCUUCUCCUUGUAUUCACUUCGAAGGUAUUUGCCAUGUCGACUUACCCGUCUUCACACAAGGAGUGGCUGGGCAAGCUCAUCAGCUUCGACACCACCAGCCGCAAUUCCAACCUGGAGCUGAUCCGCUACAUUGAGGCGUAUCUGAAGUCCGUGGGCGUGGAGUCCACGCUGGUGUACAACCCGGAGAAGACCAAGGCGAAUCUCUUUGCCACAUUCCCCGCAGACAACGGCGCGACGCAGGGCGGCAUCAUUUUGUCUGGCCACACGGACGUGGUGCCGGUGGACGGCCAGAAGUGGGACUCGGACCCCUUUGUGAUGGUGGAGAAGGACGGCAAGCUGUUUGGCCGUGGUGCGUGCGACAUGAAGUCGUUCAUUGCGGUGGUGAUGUCCCUCACACCUGCAUUUUUGCAGAUGAAACGCGCGAAGCCGAUCCACUACGCCUUCUCGUUCGACGAGGAGGUGGGCUGCAUUGGCGCACGCAUUCUCACGGCGUACUUGAAGGACAAGGGCUUCAAGGCGGAUGGCUGCCUCAUCGGUGAGCCGACCAGCAUGCGCGUCUACACCGGCAACAAAGGUAUCAGCCGGUGGUACGUGAGUGUGCGCGGCAAGGCGAUCCACUCCUCCAUGGCGCUGAUGAACACGAGCUGCAACGCCAUCGAGUACGCCGCGCAGAUCAUCACGAAGAUCCGCGAGAUUGCGCUGGAGAUCAAGAAGAACGGUGUGCAGGACAAAACCUACCAAUGUCCCUUUGCGUGCAUCUCCACCGGCGUCAUCAAGGGCGGCAACGCGGUGAACACGGUGCCGGCGGAGUGCGAGUUCGUGUACAGCGUGCGCGUCACAGAUGGCGAGACAGCCAACGACAUUGAGCAGCGUGUGGGGCAGUACAUCCAGCGGGUGAUCCUGCCCUCCAUGAAGGAGGAGUACCCGGAGGCCUCGGUGGAGGUGACCCCCGGCGCGUGCUACCCCGCUUUUAACGCCGAUGAGGCCGAUCCGGUGGUGAAGCAGUCGCGGCACCUCUGCAAGGAUCACGAGGUGCGCAAGAUUGGCGGCGGCACGGAGGCCGGCUACUUCCAAAACGUCCUCGGCGUUCCCACCGUCAUUGUUGGGCCUGGGCCGUUUGAGAUGGCGCAUCUGCCAAACGAAUACGUGUCGAUUGCCGAUAUGGAUCAAAGCACUCGUUUCACGAUGGACCUUGUUAAGCUCUACACAGACCCCGCCUUUGUGAGUAAGCAGUAG